UAUCUGCUGCAUUGACUCUCCAGUCUGCAAUCGACACUUGCCCAGCGCGAACUUAUCGUGGUGGCUCGUUAGAAAUUUGCGCGUUCCCGUCCAGUCUCGCUCUCUCAGCUUGCGUGCUCACAUUAGUUCGCGGUCACUUUGACGAGUUGAUUAAUUUAAUCGUUUCAAUAACGAAAACAUUUGCCACUUCCCAUCUGUGCAGUUGACAUAGUGUUCAGUUGAGUGAUGUCGUACACGAGGAAAGUGAUCUAUUACAAGACUUCAGGAUGCGGUUCAACCCAACAGCAUAGUGUAACCACCACCUUCACCCAGCAAUCAUCCAACGGCUUCACCAGUUCGGGAUGGGUUCAAGUUCCCCAUCAGCAGCAGCAGCAGCACCAACAACAAUCGCCGGCGGUGGUUUGGCAAACUGUCCAGCCGACGACGCAGCAGCCGCACCAACCGAUAGUGACUAACAGCACCGGCGGCGGCGGCGGCGGAUCCAGCUCAACGCCCUUCGAUGCAGCCGUUUUGGAGGAACACAAUCGGCUACGUGCGAAGCACUCGGCUGCACCGCUGACGCUCGAUCCGGCCAUUAGCCAGUACGCACAGGAAUGGGCCAAUAAUAUUGCGAGCCGAAAUGUGAUGCAACAUCGGUCGAACAACCGGUACGGAGAAAAUAUUUACGCCUGCUUCGGAAAGACAAAUCUCACCGGUCAGGAGGUCGUUCACAGCUGGUACAACGAAAUCAAGGACUAUCGCUUUGGGGAGUCCAAUCCGUCCAAUUUCGGCAAAGUGGGACACUUUACCCAGGUGGUGUGGAAGAACUCCAAGCGGUUGGGAGUGGGAAUGGCCAAGAAUGGGAACAAUGUUUACGUGGUCUGCAAUUAUGACCCUCCUGGAAACUUCGGUGGACAGUACCCUGCGAAUGUUACUCGAAGCUAGUAACUUAAGUAUAACUCUUGACAGUCAUUUUAUAUACCUUUUUUAUACACGAUAUAUAUUUAUAAUUAAGAUACCAAAACUAUUGUUUAAAUAUAAACUAUAGACAAAAGCA